AUGGAGCAUCGUCAUCGUCAUCACCACCAUCUCUACGACCCUCUCUCCAGUAAUACCAUCCGACUCCUAUAUAUCCGCCCCAGCGAAGGAACCCCCGGAACAGCAUGGACGGGAGACCUCCGAGCGUUUCGAUGCAAAGCCGCCACUACGCCGGAAUACACCGCCAUCUCGUAUGUCUGGGGCGAUGAGAGUGCAGGGGAGGAAGAAGAAGCAGAAGGGAGGAAGAAGAAGAAGAAGGUCGAAAUCAACGGACGACAAGUCCCCGUUCUGAAGAGUGUGCUUCCGAUUCUGGAAAGGCUCGUGAGCGAGGAUCAACAGCAGCAGCAGGAAGGGCGAUGGAUCUGGAUCGAUUCGAUCUGUAUCAACCAGAGCGACCUUCGCGAGAAGGCGAAACAGGUAGGCAUGAUGGGGCGGAUCUUCCGAGGCGCGAGGUGGGUUGUCGUUUGGCUUGGGAAAGGCGGGGAGAGGUCGAGGGGCGGGAUGGAGAUGAUUCGACGCAUUGCCGGGAGUGAUGGUGGGAGGAUGGAAGAGCCGCCGGGACCUGGUGCAUGUCCGGGUAGGAAGUUUGAGGAUGUGGAAGCUUGGAGGGACCUGGAAGAGAUUGCCCGGAGGCCUUGGUUCCGACGGGCGUGGACUUUGCAGGAGAGUCUGGUGGCGCAGGGGGAGGUCUGGUACUAUUGUGGGCGGGAACGGGUCAGUGGGAGGGAGAUGAGGGAUGCGAUUGAGAAGGGGGAGGAGCUGAGGAAGAAGUAUUUGUUGGAGGGGGAGAUCGAUGAGGCGUCUUGGACACCGAUGGAGAUCCGGAGGAGGAUCAUGCAGUGGUAUAUCACCGAGGAACAGGGGGAAGAAAUCUCCCUCCUGGCACUGCUGGCGUAUGACUCCCAGGCGGAAGCCAGUGACCCGAGGGAUAGGAUCUACUCGCUGCUCGGCUGCGUUAACACGACGGACAGAGCCCUCGUCGGACUCCCCGACUACGCCUCGCCCGUGGAAACCGUCUACGUCAACUUGGUCAAGGACUGGAUCGAAGAACAUCAGAGUCUGGACAUCCUCUGCUUCGCCCAACUCUUCCCUCCCCGAGACCAUUCCUUACCUUCCUGGACUCCCGACUGGCGCAACCGGCUUCCCCUCGACACCAACCCGCUCCCUCUCCUCGUCAGCCAGUCCUCCAAUAGCCACAUUGGCAACCUCCGCCCCCGACGUUUCACCUCUCCAGCUCCCUCGGACCACUUCUCCCCCAACUACGCCGCCUCGGCCGCCUCCGUCCCCCUCUACGGCUUCGACGCCGACGACCGCAUCCUCUUCUGCACGGGCGUCUUCGUGGACACGAUCGACGGCAUCGCCGCCCUCGUCGACGCUGCCGGGGAGGCCAUCGAGCCCGCCAUCCAGAGCACCUCGCCCACCAACUCGGGCGCCUUCGCCGAGUCGGAAAUCAUGCUGCAUACCCUCGCCUCCCAGCUCGCCAUCCCGGGGGAUCUCUCCGCCAUGGCGGAGAUCCUCCGCCGCGAAGUCGCCCUGUCGCUCGUCCUCGGCAGGGGCGAUAUCUACCUCCACCACCCCGUCGACGCCCAGCGCGUCCUCGCGCAUAUCUCCGCCCUCCUCUCCCCACACACCCCACAGGACUCCCCUCCCCUCGCCACGCGCGAAGCCCUCGCCUGGUUCAAAGCCAACGCCACCUUCCUCAUCCGCGGCCUGACCCUCUCGCACGCCUUCCGCGCCAUCCCCCUCUCCCCCAGCUACAUCACCCGCAUCCUCUCCGAAGCGGCCGCCUCCUGCCCCGACGACGAGGGCGGCUACUCCGAAUCCCCCUUUGCCGCGAAAUUCCAGCUCGCCGCCAGCCCGCGCUACAUGGGCAUGCGCCUCGGCGUCACGGAGCAGGGCACCGUCGGAAUGCUCCCCACGCGCGCGAGGAAGGGGGAUGCGCUGUGUGUUUUGUUUGGCUGUGGGGUUCCCGUUGUUUUGAGGCGGACGGCCGAGGGCGGGUUGUUUGAGUUGAUCGGCGAGGCGUAUGUGAGUGGUUUGAUGGAGGGGGAGGCUGUGCGGAAUGGGAAUCAGGUGUUGACGUUUGGGUUGGUGUAG